AUGGAAUCCUUCGCCAGGAAGCGGCUGGCUUUCCUGUCCUUCUUCUGGGACAAGAUCUGGCCGGCGGGCGUGCGCUCCCCAGACUUCCACCCCGACAGGGACUUGAACCCCGAUCCGGACUCGAACCCCGACCCGGACCCGGACCUAGAGCCCGACCCCGCCGCCGAGCUGGUCCACCCGGCGGCGCGCACGCAGCUGUUCCGGGUGCUGCAAGACUUCACGGCGCGCUGCACCGACGAGCUCAGCGUCCGUCGUGGGGACCGGCUGGUCGCGCUCCGGGAGGACGGCGACUGCAUCUUCGCCCGCAAGCUUUCGGGUGUGCCCGGCUCUGGGCGCAUCCCCAUCACCCACGUGGCCAAGGCCACCCACGAGGCAAUCCCGGACCAACCCUGGUACUUCAGCGGCAUCAGCCGGAUGCAAGCCCAGAAACUGCUCCUGUCUGCUGCCAAUGCACCCGGUGCCUUCCUCGUCCGGCCCAGCGAGAGCAGCCUCGGGGACUACUCACUCUCAGUGCGGGCUCAGGCCAGGGUGUGCCACUACCGGAUUUGUGCAGUGGACGGCGGCCUCUUCCUCCAGAAAGGCCGGCUCUUCCCCAACCUGGAGGAGCUGCUUUUGUACUACCAGGCCAACUGGAAGCUGAUCCAGAACCCCCUGCUGCAGCCCUGCGCGCCUCAGGUGACCCUGGAGCAGGAUGAGUGGGAGCGGCCACAUUCCGAGUUCCUGCUGCAGAGGAAGCUGGGCCAGGGCUUCUUCGGGGAGGUGUGGGAAGGCCUGUGGCUGGGCUCUGUGCCCGUGGCCAUCAAAGUCAUCAAGUCAGCCGACAUGAAGCUUGCCGACCUCACCAAGGAGAUCGACACGCUCAAGAGCCUGAAACACGAGCGCCUGAUCCGGCUCCAUGCUGUGUGCUCCGCUGGCUCCCCCGUGUACAUCGUCACGGAACUCAUGCGCAAAGGCAGCCUGCAGGUCUACCUGGGCAGCCCUGAGGGCCGGACUUUGGGCCUGCAGCUCCUGCUGGGCUUCGCCUGCCAGGUGGCUGAGGGCAUGAGCUACUUGGAGGAGCGGCACAUUGUGCACCGGGACCUGGCUGCUCGGAAUGUGCUGGUGGGUGAAGACCUGGCCUGCAAGGUGGCCGACUUUGGUCUGGCACGGCUGCUCAAGGACGAUGUCUACUCUCCCAGCAGCGGCUCCAGGAUCCCCGUCAAGUGGACGGCGCCCGAGGCCGCAAGCUAUCGCGUGUACUCACAGAAGUCUGACGUCUGGUCUUUUGGGGUUCUGCUGUACGAGGUCUUCACCUACGGCCAGUGUCCCUACGAAGGGAUGAGCAACCACGAGACAUUGCAACAGAUCCUGCGUGGAUACCGGCUACCAAGACCGCCUGCCUGCCCUGCAGAAGUCUAUGCCCUCAUGCGGGACUGUUGGCAGGGCAGCCCCGAGCAGCGGCCGGCCUUUGCGGCACUGCAGGACAAGCUGGUUGCCCUCUGCCGGCGUCUGCACCCCACCCUCACGUGA